CAGUUGUCACAUUACCUCGCUCGCAGCCCAGCCAAUAAUUGAUCGAUUCAACAAUCAAACAUUAUCAGAAGAAAGAAAAAGAUUAGGUCACGUUCAAAAAUCAAACCUCUCAUCAGAUUCAUUCAACGCCAUCAAUCGCAGACUCAAACGCCGUCGUUUAACUCACACACCGCCGUCGAUCUCAUCUAAUCACCAUCACCACCCUCCUCCUCAUGGAUCAACACCACUUCCUUCAUCACCACCACCACCACCACCAAGAACACCGCACAAGAUACACUUCUCUCAACCCUCAAUCACACCACCACCACCUCAACCUCCCUCCUCCGCCUCCUCCGCCACCCGCUCCGCCGCCUGCACUGCCACCCCUCUCUUACCGCACCAUCCACACCCCUCCCUCUCAACCCUACAACCCUCCUCCACCUCAACCUCAACAAUUCCCCUUCAAUCCCCCAAAUAACUAUCCUCACCACCCUCUCGAUGAAGAACGCUCUCUCUCCCUCUCCUUUGACCUCCUCCCUCGCCGCAACCAAUGGAACCCUAGCCCCAGAACCCUCCCUGAGGACCGCAAUUACCCUCCCCUCGAUUUUGACCGCGAAUUCAACCACCACCGUCCUCCCCCGCCCCCGCCAUCGUAUCCCACGAUCGAAAACCUCCGGUACGAUGCUGACGGUGGUGGCGCUAGGCUGAGGACAGAACGCUUCGAUCCCUACGAGCAAAACCCUAGGGAGGGGUUCGCGUGGGGCCGAGACGGCAAUUACCACCGUGCCGGCGCGCCGAUUGCUUCUGCGCCGAGCCAGGGUGAACUGGAACCGAAACCCAGUGGCUACGUUCGAGUCUACAGCAUGGAAUGUGAUGCUGACGUUUCAAGUAGAAGUGGCAGGGUUGAGAGCAAGAGAUGGUUGAUGAGUGAUAGGAAGGGAUCAAGAGAGUUGCAUGAUUCUCCUUCUUCUCCUUCGUUUGAAUUGGUGAAUGGUAAUGAGAAAUAUUACGGUUCCGAAGUGGGUAGAUAUAACUUUAGAGGGAACAGUAGAGAGUGUGGUCAUGAAUUUGCUCGUACUCCUCCGAAGAAACAGGUGCAGAAGAAGAGUGCUCUUCUUAGGAUUCAGACGGUUAAACCCAAUCAUAGGAACCGUGAGAUUGAGCAGUUACGAUAUGCUCCUGAAUCUAGCUCUGGAUUCUUCAGGGGUAAGGAGCAACAUGGGUAUUUAGGUCAUGGAAUGAAGGGAGAAGAAAGAGAGGGAAGUCCUGUUGAGCUUGAUAUUUCUUUUGAAUCAAAUUCUUUGGUGGCUAAGGCUAUUGUGGCGCCUUCGAGUUCCGCAUCUGUUCCUGAUUUGAAUGUGAAUCCUAUUUCUGAUUCGGAUUUGGGUUCUGUGGAAAAGAGUAAAAAGGUUUUGGUCUCUGAUAGUGGUGGUUCUGGUUCGCAGCCGUUUAGACUAGCUUCUGCUGUUGUGGAUUUAAAUAACUCGCCUUGCAAAGCCAAUGACACCUCUAGUACAGGCAAGGACUUGAGUGUACAGAAGAAUGUCCCUGAUGACAGUUCUUCUCGACCUUGUGCUACUGAGACCAAUGAUUCUUGUGGGAAAAAUGCGGUGCUGAAUUCAGUUGAAGGUGUCAAUGUUUGUCCCAGUAAAUCAGCCCCAAGGGUUGUCAGGAAGAAAAAAGUUGUUAAGAGAGUGGUGAAGAAAGCUGCUAUAAAUCGUAAUUCAUCUGUGUCAAAUUCACGAUCAGCAAAUACACUUAAUGGAACUGUGGAUGUUGAUAGAGUCACACAUAGUUCAUCAACGGCCUCUGGUCCUGCGAAAAUUGAAACUAAUUUGGAGGUGAGAACCACCACUGUUGGAGAGGUGUCUGUGCCAGAUUGUUUGCAUUCUUUACCAAAGGAAGGAAAUGUAUUGACUGAAGAUAAAGAGGGAGGUUUAUCGAUGCCGAGUUUGGGGCCAGAUUGCAGGUCUCAAGAGUGUAAGAGUGACGAAGAUUCUGUUAUUGUGACAGUAUCCAGGUCUGAAAGAGGUGGACACGCUUCAAAUUCUCCAUCUUGUGCUUCUAGUAGAAAAGAUAAGAAGAGUGACUCUGAUUGUUUAGAUGCAAAUAAUUCUGCCCAUGACUUUAUUAGUGUGCCAAAUACUGACACAGUUACUAAAUCAUUAAAUGGAAGUAUUAUUUCUGAAAUCAAUCACAAGGAUUAUGAUAAUAGGCAAUUAUGUCAGAGCGAAGUGUCUUCGUCACCUGGGAAAUAUUCAGAUGUAGGAUGCCCUAGGAAUCUUGUAGAUGUAGAGGAUGAAAUAUUCAAAAGCAGUGGAAUGGUUAUCUUUUCAAGUUCUGGAAAAACUAGGAUUCAGGAUGGUCUAGAUUGCCUACAACAUUCCAAUGCACUGAGGCAGGGUUCUGAUAAUGGAUCAUAUAAUGUAGAGGAUAGUAUGGGAGUUCACCAUUUUGGUAUCAUGAAUGAUGCUGAAAAGCAGGUGUCCCGUGGUGAUGUCACCAUAUCCACUGAGAAUUGUGGCACAGAAAAAACAUUCCCAAAUUCUAAUAUUUCAGUUGGAUAUGGUGAAGGGGAUACAAAUGAGAUAAAAAAGAGAAAAGUUAGGACUCAUUUAAAUGUUUCGAGUUCAAAGAGGGAUUGCAUAUCUCCAGACCAUGUAAAUCCAGUUAGCCUUGAAAAUAAUGUUGAUAGAGGCUCAAGUCUGUUGUUGAAGGAUCAAUGUCCUUCAGAAGUUUUAGAUCAAUCUGUUCAAAGCUUAGAUUUUAGCCCACCAUCCAGCCUGGAUGGGGUCACUGCUUUACAUGGGAAAAAGGGGGUUUUAGAGGUUAAGUUUUAUGUUGGAAAUAAUGACAAUGAAACAAAUGAGGUUUCUCCAGUUUCUAAAAGGAAAAAAGUUGCAAAUAGUGACCCAAAUUUCACCCAAUGUGAGUUGGAAUUCAGUAAUGUGAUUAUGGCUACCACAUCUAGUGCAGGAAUUCCUAUCAGUUUCAGAGAUAACCAAGAACCUCAGGAAGAAAAGGUUGCUUUGUCAAGCAUAGAUGUUCUAUCUACAGCUCAGUCAAUACCUAAUUCAGAGGAUAUUACUAAAUUGUCUGACAAUAUUUUGGCUGAAGGAUCUUUUGAAUCUAUUGAUGGAAAUAUGGAAACCAUGAGUUCUGAACAUUUGAAAUUGCAGCACUCAGAUAUUGUGUCUUAUUUACCUUGUGAGGACUUGGCUGUUCCAAAUGUUCAGUUCUCAUUGUUGGAAACUCAGCACAAAGAAAACAUUACUCCGUUUGUGCCUAUAGGUAAUACUCAAACUGACAUUUUGGCUAUUGGAAAUAUCAUGGGAGAAAAGACUGAUUUACCAGCUGUUGAAGAAAACUACCAGUAUGGAGAACUUGUGCAAAGGUCUCCAAGGGAUAAUAUGGAAUCUAAUGAUCUCAAUAUGAAGGAUGAUUUACUUGCUCAGCAGAACCUUAUGCCCAGUCCAGCUGAUGGUGAUGGAAUCACUAUAAGUAAUUCAAAUGAUGAAUUGAUUGAGGAUGCACCUGAUGCAUUUUCAGAUAUGUAUUCUCAAAGUAUGACAUCUGAAGUACCAGAUAGAAAGGUUUUAGAGUAUACAGCAAUCCAUGAUGAAAGUAUUUGUGGAGAUGAAGAAAAUCCAGAUAGCAUAUCUGUGGUUGAACUUGGUUCUGACUUAAAUACUUUUACUUCAUCAGUGCAGCAGACUAAAACAAUUAUGAAGUCAAAUCAUGCAAUUGGACAUAAUAACUUGAUUGUGGGGAAGAUAAUGUCAGAACCAUCCCAAGUUUUUUCCAAAGUUACAUCUUGGGGUCUAAAUUCAUAUAAUUCUGAAUCAAGUGGGACAAAAAAUCAAGCAGGUGUUGUCAUUCUCAAAAGUUUUCCAAAUCAUUCUUUCACCUUUUCAAAGUCAAAGACAAAGACAUCUGCCUCUUCAGCACAUGUAUCAAAACCACGAACUUGGCAUCGUACAGGUAAUAAUCCUCCUGCUUCUCUACCUAGAAGCAAGCCUCCAGUAGGAAAAGUUCCUCCCAAAAGGUCAAUUCUAGAACGGAAAGGGAACUUUCAAAAUACCUCCUACAUUCGUAAAGGGAACAGUCUUGUAAGGAAACCUACUCCAUUUUCUGCUUUACCUCAAAUCUCCUCUGUUAAUCAGUCAUCUUCUUUGGGCUUAGACGAAAUACCCAAGAGCACCAGAUUUGAAAGCAGGGCUGAUGUGACUGAACAGCCAAUGUACUUGAGAACAGGAGCAACAAAUGCUCCUCAGCAGAGGCAGAGAACACCUCCGCUACCAAUUGACACCAAAUCAGAGGAAAAUAUAUCUUCCGCUUUGUUAGAACCUCCUUCCAGUGGUUGUUGUGAAAAUGCAUCAGAUCCUAGGAAAGUUACAGAAACUAAUGAUGCUUCAAACUCUUCUGAAGAUGCAAUGAAGCAUUAUGAGACUCCUGAAAAUCAAACUGGUCCAUCUAAUAAUGGGGAGAGCCAAGUUGAAGCAAAUGAUGGGAAUAUUGUUUCUUUGAAUACAAAGAGAAUAGUAUAUAUAAAGCCCAAAACAAAUCAAUUGGUUGCAACUUCAAAUUCUUGUGAUAUCUCUCUCUCUACUGAUGUCAAGGGCCAAAUAGCCUUCUCCGAUGGCUACUACAAGAGAAGCAAAAAUCAAUUGGUAAGGACUGCAUUUGAAAGUCAUAUCAACCAGACAGUUGUAAUGCCCAAUAGCACUGUAAAUUCUGACGGCCAUGGGGCUCUUAAGGUUCUUUGCAACAGGAGGUUUAGUAAGAGGCGUUCUAAUAAGGUUACUAGGAGUUCAUGCAAACCUUCAAGAGCAUCAUUAGUGUGGACACCUCGUAGCAAAAAUUCAUCCAAAAAUGUCAGGGACGCAUGGCAUUAUCAAAGGGUUAUACCUCAGUUGUUUCCAUGGAAAAGAACAACCUUUUUAAGAAGUUUCAUUCAUAAUUCUGCUUCAAGCUUCAAUAGUAGUUCCUUAUCUGCAAUCAGCAAGAAAUUGCUUCUGUUGAGAAAGAGGGAUACUGUUUACACCCGGUCAACCCAUGGGUUUUCUCUUUGGAAAUCCAAAGUAUUAGGUGUUGGUGGGUCUAGUUUAAAAUGGUCCAAAUCCAUUGAGAAGAACUCAAAACAAGCUAAUGAGGAAGCCACGCUUGCUGUUGCUGCAGUAGAGAGGAAGAAAAGAGAGCAGAAAGAUGUGGUUUGCAUUAGUUCUCAAUCAAAGAGUAGGAAGCAUUCUUUCCGAGAACGUAUAUUUCGUAUUGGUUCAGUUCGGUACAGAAUGGAUCCUUCUAGGCGGACACUUCAGAGGAUUUCAGAUGAUGAAUCCCAGUCCUCUGCCUCCUCCUCUUCAGGUUUGGCUGCCAAAAGAGCUUACAUUCCAAAGAGAUUAGUAAUUGGAAAUGAUGAAUAUGUCCGUAUUGGCAACGGGAACCAGCUUAUCAGGGAUCCAAAGAAACGAACAAGAAAAUUGGCAAAUGAAAAAGUUAGAUGGAGCUUGCACACUGCCAGACAGCGGUUGGCUCGAAAACAGAAAUAUUGUCAGUUUUUUACUAGAUUUGGGAAAUGUAACAAGGAUGGAGGGAAGUGUCCUUAUAUUCAUGAUCCCUCAAAAAUCGCUGUCUGUACUAAGUUCCUGAAUGGUUUAUGUUCUACUCCCAACUGCAAAUUGACUCAUAAGGUUAUUCCAGAGAGAAUGCCAGACUGUUCUUAUUUUUUGCAAGGCUUGUGCUCAAACAGAAACUGUCCAUAUAGACAUGUCAAUGUGAACCCGAAGGCAUCUAUUUGUGAAGGAUUUCUUAAAGGUUAUUGUGCUGAUGGAAACGAGUGUCGGAAGAAGCACAGCUAUGUCUGUCCUUCUUUUGAAGCAACAGGAACCUGUACUCAAGGAACCAAAUGCAAGCUUCAUCACCCCAAAAAACAAAACAAGGGAAAGAAAAGAAAGAGAUCUGGUGAUCAGAACAGUAGAGGGCGUUAUUUUGGUUCUAUUUCCAUUGAUGUUUCUGAACCUGGGAUGAUGAUGGCUUCAAAGCAAUGUCAACAAAAUGAUGAGGAACUUUCAGACUACAUCAGCCUUGAUGUGAAUGAAGAAGUUGCGAACACAGUGGAUCAAUCAUUUGAUCCUGCAACAUUGAGUAACGAUGAUUCAUUGGAUUUAAAUUUGGAUGAUUUUGAUGAAUUUAUUAAACCUGUUCUUAUAAUGAUAAAUACAAAAAUCUCAUCGCAAUCAUCCCAGUCUAGUAGCCUGGAAGUGGCGGAGGCUGAAGGUAGUUUAUCAAUGAGGUAAUUUAGGUAGAACAGUCUUUUUUGUUUUUUUUCAAUUUUCUUUUUCCUUUUUCUGCCUCAUUGGUUUUGAACGUAAAUCGUCAUUGUUAACAGGUCAUCUUCCCCCUCCCUUUCAAUUUUGUGUUUACCGAUUGUAUAAUAACAUUUGAAAUAUAGAUAGAUAUAGAAUAACAACAUUUGGAAUUGAGCCUUCUAAAUGAACCAGUACCACCGUCUUUCGACGUGACUGAUGUACUUGGAGCUAGGAUUUUUGAAUGCCGUUUAACUUGAUGAUAUCAUUAUAGUUAGGAUAAGUGUAAGCUCAGCAAACUAAAUUAAAUUAUUAAUCUGGCGUGAUUUUUACAUUUG